CGACGCCACUCGGCAUUGCCGCCCUUGACCCCAACUAGCUUGAAAGACGUCGAUUGUGGCGUUAAACAUGGCGAUAAGGCCGAGUCCGCGCAAAAUGCCGAUGGCGCAAAUUUCACUUUCUGGCGCCGGGUGACUCACCGUGACCACAAGGCCCAGGCCUAGGUCCAAUCAUGUUGGAUGGCGUCGCAGCUGCCGAAAACGACAACGUGCCGCGGCUGGACCUCUCCAACUUAAAAUGGAUUUACCGAGGAGAGGGCAACGCCAACCUAGUCAUCGCCCUUUCACACGAGAGGUGUAUCGUACGACUGCGAAAAGUUGACAAAAACAAGCUGGGCCGACUUUCGGACACGGACAGAUACUUAGAGGUCCAGCGUCUGAAGCAAGAGUUGGCGUUUUACCAGAAUAUCCUGAUCCCCUUGAUGGGUUCCUCCUUCCUCAAGCAAUCUGUGGUUUAUAAAUUAGACAGAGAUCAAGUUCAGAUGAUCAAUCAGAUCAUUCAACACCAAAGACCAGCCCACAGAGGUCACAAGGUCGCGUUCUGUGCUGCAGACCUGGUGGCUGUGUACCCUGACUACACGCUACUGCCUGAAAAUCUCGACGGCGAAACCUCCACUUUUUGCGUGGAGAUCAAACCAAAGCAGGGCUGGAUCCACCCGAAUGACAGGAUUCUGCCAAAGUGCACCUUCUGCAUGAAGCAAUACCUGAAGCUGAAGAACAGAAGCAUUGCACGCCUCUCGGACUACUGUCCUCUAAACCUAUACUCAGGAAACAAGCAACGAAUGCAAGAUGCCAUCAGAGCUCUCUUGUUUUCACCGCAAAACAACUUGAAAAUAUUUAAGGAUGGAUGUUUAAUUUAUGGCGAGGACGUGAAGACUAAUUUGACGGAAAUGUUGCGCUGCUGGUUCGGCUCCAAACAUAAACUGACUGACAAAGAAGUAUUAAUCGACGCGUUUUGCAAUCUCGUGAUAGAAGGAUUAUGUCGAGAAGUGCCAGACAACACGUCAUGGUUAGAUAGGUUACGAAGUUCCCUGCUGUCCGAAGGUUUGAUCGAGACCGACGACAGCAGCUCGCGGGAUGAUGCAAAGGAGCACUCGCCGUGGCAGCCAGUGUGCAAUUGGAGUCGCCAGCCACUGCCGAAAAACUGCGUCCUCGGCCGCAUCCUUGCCAUCCAGAUGCUUGAAGUUCCUCGGGAUCAGGUCGACCUGAAAGUGCAUGACGCUUAUCCUUUCCUGCACAGGAACGAGUACCUGACGCCAGUGCAGCGCUAUUUGUUGUCUGCCACCACUAAAGACUGCUCAGUAUUGAUGUCAUUCCAACACGUCUCCCAAGAUAGGAUGAAGAUCCUGCCCUCUCGCCAUGUCAUCCAUGAGCAAAACAGCCAGCAAAGCUUUGUGUUCAACAUUGGCGUUUCCGAUUUGGACCCCAAACCUUUGACCUGCAUCGAGAAGCACCGAAAACGAGAUCUGGAAAUCUUGAUGGCGAUGCUGGAACUGACUCAGUGCAACAAGCAGCCUGUCAAUAGGGAUCUUGAUUAGGGUUUCGCCAUUGUGCUAUGGAAAUGUUAACAUCUGGAAAAUCUUUUUGAUUUUUUUUACAUUUUUAACGGAUGGACGACUUUAUAAUCUGAUUUUACUUGUGCUAGUUUUAUAGUUAACUUGAUCAAUCUUAUGAUUAUAAAAAGUGCUUGAAAUGAAUUUUCUGCCACUUUUUUCUUACUAUUGUAUUUGUCUCCUAAUUUUAGACUCUUUUCCAAAUUCACAUGAGAUUUGAGCAUCAAAGAAAAAUAAACGUGAGCGUCUAUUGAGAUUGCUUGAUUAUUUUACAACAUAAAA